AUGAAAACGCUGUCUGCCCUGCUCCAGCGCAGCGACAUCGAGGACCACCAACAAGUCCUCCAAGCUAGCGAUGCCGCCCUCAAAGAAAACAAAGCCGAUCUCAACACCCAGCACAUUAAAGCAAUUGCUUUGUUGAAGCUCGACCGCUACGAAGAUGCCGUCAAGGUGCUCGAAGCGGGCGCGGGGAAUUUGAAAGACGAGGCUCGGUUGGAAUAUGCCUAUGCAUUGUACAAGUCGGGAAACGCGGCGAAGGCGGCAGAAGUGGCUCAGCAGGGCGCUGAUAGAGGAUGCAAACAUGUCGAAGCCCAGUCACGCUACAGAGCGGAGGACUUCCAGCGAGCGUUCGACCUAUACGCCGAGCUGGCGUCGGAUCUGCGGGAAGAUGCCGACCUGGAUCUACGCAUCAACUCGGCCGCCGUGGAUGCCCAGCGGACGUGGGACGGAUCUGACGACCUGGCGGUAACGAGGAAAGCGGGUCGGCAGGACUUGGACGUUUUCGAGACGGCAUACAACGCUGCUUGUGGAAGUAUCGCCCGAGGCGAGCUGUUGCAGGCAGAGGUGUUGUUGAAGAGAGCGCACAAUCUCUGCAACGCCCUGGAGGACAUGACGGACGACGAGAAGGAAGCGGAAAUGCUGCCUAUUAUCGUUCAACAAGCCUAUGUCUUGGCCAAGCUGGGGAGAUUCGAAGAAGCCGAACGGCUUUCACAGAGCAUCGAUGUCAAAAGCAUUCCCGACUCAAGCACUCAGCGAAUUGCACGCGUCAACAGAGCGGCGUCGCGGCCGAGUUCGUCGAAUCCCUUUGAGACGCAACGUCUUAUCUCGGGGAACGUCAACCCUUCAGCCACAGACCGUCCUUUUGAAUUUCAAGCAUCCAUCCUGCAUCAGAAUCGGUACGCUGUGGAUUCGCAAUCCGUCAAAUUUGACGGAGCAGUGGAAUCGACAAACGCAUCGAUUGCCAAGCAACCUGCUCCUACUCUCGACCCACACACCAACAGCCUUGCAGUGGUCAACGCGGCGGCGCGGGCAAGGAACACCACCGGCAAAGAAGCGCUCAAGCACAUUCUGCCGCAUCUUCAGAAACGACCGAACGAUGUCGGAUUGAUUCUUACCAUCGUCCAAUUGUACAUCCUCACAGGCAAUUCCAGCUCGGCCAUCACUCUGCUCGAAGGCUUCCUCAGCCGUGUGGAGCAGGCUGGCACCACCGCUGAUCUCGACGUACUCUUUGCGCCGGGUUUAGUCGGCGCCAUGGUCGGCCUGUACCAUAGGGAGCACCGCAAGAGCCAUAUACAGCACGAGUUUGCCAAAGCAGCGACACAUUGGAGGCGAAAGUCGAAAACGUACUCGGCCGGCGUCACGAAUCUGCUUAAAGCUGCUGGAAGCGUUCUACUGGAAUCAGAGGAUCCGGAACAUGGCAAGCUAGCAGCCGACAUCUUCACCGCCCUACAUGACCAGGAUCCCGCCGAUCGCUAUACGACCGCCGGCCUCUUGGCUGCAGCUCCAACCACCUCCUCAUCAUCCCAAACUUCAUCUCUGACACCCAUCUCCACCUUGACCGCAGGCAUCGACGUCGCCGCGCUCGAAAACCACGGCAUCGCCACCCCAUCGACCGGCGCACAAGUGGCCGCACGUAAGCGACCCGCUCCCGACACUUCCAAGACCGCCAAAGCUGCCAAGAAGAUCCGCAAAUCCCGUCUCCCGAAAGACUACGAUCCGAAGAAGACGCCGGAUCCAGAGCGAUGGUUGCCGCUCCGUGAUCGCAGUUCCUACCGGCCCCCGAAGGGCGGGAAGAAGGGCAAGGCGCGGUUGAAUGCUUUGAGUCAGGGUGCUGCGCCUAGUGGGGAUGGGAGCGAUGCGAGUCGACCUGGUACGCCGGGGGGAGAGGUGGUGAAGGCGAAGCAGACGGGUGGAGGGGGCGGGAAGAAGAAGAAGGCUAAAGGCCGGUGA